AUGCCCAGAAUGGACAUGGAAUCGGAAGUGAUCGUGAACGCGGGGAUCACGCCCUACGCGACGCUGUACCACUGGGACCUGCCGCAGGGCCUGCUGGACCCCCCGAGGGUGAGUGGCUGGUGGUCCCGUGACUCGAACGGGAAGCCCAAUGGCGAGAUCAUACAGGACUGGAUCGACUACUGCGACAUUGUAUUCGACGCCCUCGGCGAUCGAGUGAAGUAUUGGGUCACCUUCAACGAGCCCUGGACCUUCGUGUUCCUCGGCUCCGGCUUCGGCAAGGCCCCCGGCAUCCCGGAGUUCAGCGACCAGGGCCGCGAUCCCUACGUGGCGGCGCACAACGUGCUCAACGCGCAUGCGGCAGCCGUGAACUUGUACAGGACCAAGUACGCAUCGAAGCAGGGCGGCAAGAUAGGCAUCACCAACAACGCCGACUGGCGAGAGCCGAAGACCGCGCAGCCCAGCGACGUGGCGGCCGCGGACCGGACUGUACUAUUUCAGCUUGGGUGGUUCUCCGAGCCUAUCUUCGGUGGUAACGGGGACUACCCGCCUGAGAUGAGGAAGCUUUACGGAGAUCGCCUGCCAAGGUUCACCACGGAGCAGCGCAGGCUGCUCAACGGCAGUGCCGACUUCUUCGGCCUCAACCACUACGGCACCAGCUGGGCGGAGUACGACCCCGGCUCCCCGCACCCCGACGACUCCUACGCGGCGACGUCCCACGACGGCUUCGUGCAGGGGGGCUCCGUCUGGCUCUACGGCGGAGCGGCGUCCUUGAUGCAUUUGCCUCGCGACUGGGGUAAGCGCGCAGAAUCUGCGGAUGCGCGAGAGCUGGCGCUGCCGCCCGCCAGCGCCCAAGAGGGGCUCGGCUGCGAUCGCUCGCCGAGCUGCACCAGCGACGGAUGCUGGCCGCGAGCCGCGCGCCGCUGCGGCGGGCUCGGGCUGAGGCGGACCGCCCUGUCGCACGGCCGCAGCGGCGGAGGGCAGAGGCCGCCGGCCGCAAGAGGGAGGGUCGAGGAGGCGCGGCCGCGCUCCACGCCACUGCUGGCGGACGCUCGAGGCAACUUCGCGCCUCACCGCUGUGCGUACUGCCGCCGCUGGCGCGCUGGCGGCCUUGGUGGCGCGGCGCACGUAGCCGUCGCCGCCGCCGUGGGGAGGGCGAGCUGGGAGGACACCGCCGAGAUGGAGGACGUGACCGCGCAUGGCUGGUCGAUGUGCGCCCGCCGCCGUGCUCUGCGGAAUCAGUGCGGCACGCUUGCGACGCGCAACAUGGAGCAGCAGAAGAAGCAGUUCCAGCAGGAUAGCGACAAGCGCAGGUUGGCGGCCGAGAGCCUGCGCGCGGCGCCGCAGGACGGGCGAGAGGCGCCUGCAGGGUGGAGGUGCCCGCUCGUGGUCGACGGCGCAUAG